AUGCGUAAUCUGACUCUCACAUCUGGAUUUCUACUUCUAGAAUUUUCUCAGAUCCGAGAACUACAGAUACUACACUUCUUUGUGUUCCUAGGACUAUACUUGAUAACGGUAAUUGGGAAUCUUUUGAUCAUCUUUGUAAUAGCCCUUGACCACCACUUGCAUAGACCAAUGUACUUCUUCCUCAUGAACUUGGCCGUUUCUGAUAUUGGCUCAGUUUCUUUCAUUCAACCCAAAUCUGUGGUUAAUUCAAUCAUGAACAACAACCACAUUUCUUAUGCUGCAUGUGUCACUCAAGUUUUCUUCAUUUUCCUCUUUGGAUGCUCUAAUUUUACUGUGUUAACCAUAAUGGCACAUGACAGGUAUGUUGCCAUCUGUAAUCCACUGCAAUAUGAAGUAAUUAUGAAUAAAGGGGCCUGCAUUCAGAUAAUAACCAUUGCAUGGAUCACCAGUAUUCUCUAUGCUGUGCUGCACACUGCAGGCACAUUUUCAAUUUCCUUCUGUUCCAAUCGAGUUGAUCAAUUCUUCUGUGAAGUCCCAAAACUACUAAAAUUGUCUUGCUCUGACUUGUACCUAGUUGAAGUUGGACUUCUUGCAUUUAGCUGUAUUUCUGUUUUUGGAUGUUUUGUCUUCAUCAUUGUAACUUACGUGUGGAUCUUGACUACAGUCCUCAAAAUGCCUUCUGAACAGGGACGGCAUAAAGCCCUCUCCACCUGCCUGCCCCACCUCCUCGUUGUCUCUGUAUUUGUUUCCACUGGGCUCUUUGCCUACAUCAGACCACCUAAUAGUAAUAGCCCAUCUGGCCUGGAUCUAGUCUUUGCUGUGAUGUAUACUUUACUUCCUCCUAUGAUGAAUCCCUUCAUCUAUAGCAUGAGAAAUAAAGAGAUCCAAACAGCACUGAGGAAGCUAUUGAGCCUUAAACACUUUUGUGACACUUUCCCCAGAUAUAUCCAGAAAUGCUUGGGAUUACCUAUAAUAUUCCUGCCCAGGAGCUGA